GCCGCAUCUCCUUUCUGCAGUGUGUCACCUCCCGGGCAAAUCCCUGUGCAGAUCACACAAGCCCAACAGCUGGAGAUCAGCAGCACCCAGAGCUGGGAAGGGUUAAAACCCCUCCGGUUUGAUUGCUGGAGCCCCUUGCCUCUCCCCUGCUAUUGAUCUUGCCUGUCGGUAUAAAAGGCAGGGCUCAGGUGUCCCUCCCUCACUCUCUGCUCAAGAUGAGUUACGGUUCGGACCAUUACCUCUCCUCCUCAUACAGGAAGAUUUUCGGAGACCCUCCCCGGGCUUCAUCAGCUCGCCUGGGAGUGAGCAGCUCCUCCAGGGCUACCGCCACCUCUGGCUACCGGUCCCACUCCCUGUCCCGCAGCAAUGUCCCCUCAGCGCCUUCCUACAGGAGGGCCUCCAGGGGGGCUGGCUACCUGGCUGGGGACAACUUAGAUCUCACUCAAACUUCAGCAGUCAAUAACGAGUACAAGAUCAUUCGCACCAAUGAGAAGGAGCAGCUGCAGGGGUUAAAUGACAGGUUUGCCAUGUUCAUUGAGAAGGUGCAUAACCUGGAGCAGCAGAACAAGGUGCUGGAGACGGAGCUGACAGCCCUCAGGCAAAGGCAAUCGGAGCCCUCCAGGCUGGGGGAACUCUACCAGCAGGAGAUCAAGGAACUCAGGGCUCAGCUGGAGGAGCUCAAUGCAGAGAAGGCUCAGAUCAUCAUAGAGAGGGAUAACCUAGAAGAUGACCUACAGAAACUUAAAGGGAAAUAUGAAGAUGAAAUCCGAAUGAGAGAGGAGACUGAAUACGCCCUGAAGUCUCACAAGAAGGAUGUGGAUGAUGCCACCCUGGCUCGCCUGGACCUGGAGAAGAAGGUGGAAUCCCUGUUGGAUGAGAUCUCCUUCCUCAGGAAAGUCCAUGAUGAAGAGGUGACCGAGCUGAUGGCCAUGCUGCAGGCUUCCCAGGUCUCCGUGGAGAUGGAGCUCUCUAAGCCGGACCUCACCUCGGCCCUGAAGGAGAUCCGCUCUCAGUACGAGUCCCUGGCCGCCAAGAACCUGCAGUCCGCGGAUGAAUGGUACAAAUCCAAAUUCGCCAACCUGACCGAGCAGGCAUCCCGCAGCACCGAGCUCAUCCGAGCCAACAGGGAGGAGAUCAAUGACUACAGGAGGCAGCUGCAGUCCAAAACCAUCGAGAUCGAAAGUCUCCGCGGCACCAAUGAGUCUCUGGAAAGGCAACUCCAAGAGAUGGAGGACAGACACAUGGCAGAGACCGCCGGGCUCCAGGAUACCAUUAACCAGCUGGAAAAUGAAUUGAGAAACACAAAAGGAGAAAUGGCUCGACACCUGCGUGAAUAUCAGGAUCUCCUUAAUGUCAAAAUGGCCCUGGAUAUUGAGAUAGCCGCAUACAGGAAAUUGCUGGAGGGUGAAGAAACCAGGUUCAGCACAGCAGGAAUUAGCAUGAUGCCUUUUAAUCCAAAUCCUCCCCCAAGUUACUCUUAUCAGUCCCGGGUUCAUAGUUCUUCCACUUCUAAGGUUACCCCUGCAGUCGAUUCUAGAAAAAAGGAGGAAACUGAUGGGGUCUCCAAAGUCGUCUCUAAAUCAUCUACUCGCAUAGGGGAAACGUAUGAGGAAAUCAUAGAGGAAACUGUUGUAUCAACUAAGAAACUGGAUAAGCCAGAUCAAAGUGAUGAAGCCUUGGUAAAACCUUAGAAAAAAUAUCUUAGUGGGGUAAUGUAAUAAUAGGUGCAAAUUUAGCACCAGAUCUAGUAACCAAAAACAACCAGUUCUGUUCUUUCAAACAGUUGACCAGUAAAUGUAAGUGUAGGACUUGUGUGUCAGGGGCCCACAUGGGCUGCCGCCUGAGCCCCCUACCCCAGUAGCGAGGUCCUGCUCCCCCCAGGCCACAUACCGCAUCCCCUCCAUGAUCAGGGUGGGAGUUCAGGUGCGUGCAGUUCAUGGCCCGGCAGGGGGAGGGGAAAGAGCAGGCUGGGUUGGUGGGGGGCUGCCCACUGGGCUGGGGUCCACUGGGUUUUUUCCCGGUAUCCUGCUGGUCUAGUCCGACCCUGGUAAAUACUAUCUGCUCACUGGUUGCUAUGGGUUACUAGAAGCGGCGCUAACUUUGCCACUGUUGCUACAUAACCCAUACAAAUUAGCUAGGAUACAUUUUUUCACUUCAUAGUCUAUUCAUUCACCAGCAGGAAUAUUAUUGGAAGCCACAGGACAUGUCCCAGAACUAUAGGUGGCCUUUAAAAGUAAUGCUGCCACCUAAAACAUACCAUUUGUAGUAAUAGUAGUUAAAAGCCCAAUGCAGCUUGAGCUACUAGGGCCUUGCAAUACACACUGCCCACAAGCAAGAUCAGUUGUCCUCUAUGGGACACUGAGAUGAGACGCUGGCUCUGCAUGGGUUACAAAAGGCCAUUGCUACAGAUUGGUCAGGCAAGCAAUCAUAUAAAUAAGGUACUUUCUAUGGAGCCGGGGCACUUAUCUUCUGGCUGCCCCCUGGCAUACCUACCACUCUGCCCUCUCCAGUGAGAAAUAAGCUGCAAACAAAAAUAAUCAAAUAGGCACCCGAUAUUCUCCAAACAUGUUCUAAAAGUGAUUGGCCAUUGGAAACUAUCAAACUGGGCCUGGACAAAUUCUACUAUCAGACAGUGCCAUUGGUGCAGGUUUGGCAAUGGAUCUCAUAUCAACUACAUUUCCCAGCAUUCCCCUACCAGCAUAGUUAGCCAGUGGAUAUUGAGAUCUCUUGAAAUCUAAUGAUACCUGCCUAAAUAAAAACCCAUAUCAAAUGUGUUGAUAAGUCUUGUUGGCAUUUCCAGUGCAUAAUCACAUGCAUGGUGACCAUCACCACCAAGUGUAAUGUCGUAAUCGCUCAUUGAUAGGAGAACAUUAGUCUUUUAUGUACCGAAUACAAGACAUUCCGCCAUCUUUACACUUUAGACUUAGACACUGGGAUGUAUAUGAUCAUAAUCAAUAAAUAACAUGCUUUCUGACGUGGGGUCCACCUUAUCUUAAAGCACAGUAGUUAGAAUUUUAACCUUAAACCUAGAACUUAGCCUUUAAUCAAUUCAUGUGAUAUCUUAACCACUUUACAGGUAAAUAACCAGCUUUCCUAUGUUUGGUCAAAGUAACAGUUAGACGUGUUGUGGUAACGGUGCACAGGCACAGGGUAAUUUCACAUUAAUAAGCGCAGUAAGGAACACUAGCCCGGAAUCUCACAUUCUCACAACCAGUGGGGCUUAUGGGCCCCAGUGCACAAGGCGCCCCUUGCUCAUUAGGGGAUGGUUUAUUUGCACCCCUGCCAGCUACACCACUGCUCACAGCUGCCACUGUAUUAUAUAUAAUAUUGCUAAGAAAGCUUUGACUUGAUUCACAAAUACAUUGUAACACCAAAGAGGAGCCUUAGAUCACAGAUUUAAUGGAGGGAUGACAGUCAGCGUCACAAUAAACUAAAUGUACACUCCAACCUAUAGAUGUGCCAAGUGAACAACAUGGAAUUCCCAAUGCCUUAUUACCAGCAACUGUAAUCCAAAAAAAAAAUCAAAUUUUUGCACAUGGUGUGUUUGCUUCCAGAUUGUUCACAGAUGGUUAAUUGGUUUCACUGAACACUGUGGUCUGAAAUGCUGUGUAGUUGACUAAGCUGUGGGUAAGAACGAAUACGAGGAAUGAAAUAAACUGCUUUGGCAUCUGUC